CUGCGAUCGGUUUUACCUAGCUAGGGCAAAAUAAGUUAUUGUCUGAACCACAGUCAGAGUUCAUUAAUCAAACAUUCCCCCCUUUCCCUCUCCAUUGAAAGGUUUCCCCGAUAUCCGAAGGUUUACUUAUCAUGUUUCAGCUGCCAACCACCAUCCUACCUUUCAAUAGUAUUGCAAAGGAAGGGGAGGAGGAUGAAGAUGAGGAGAUAUGCUCACUUUGCAAUUGCCUGGAAGACAUGACAUUUACACGUGAGACACCGUCAGGACGCUAUAGUGGCUAUAAUUUCCGAAAUUGCAGAAUGAAAAAGUCGAGAGUUCAGGCGGCCUACUUCCACAAAGGUUGCCAUCAGUGCCCCAGUAUAUCUCAGGAUCUACUCUGCGUUGUAUGCAAACACAUGAGACUCAGGCACCUAAUACAGUGUAUACUAUUAGCCGACUCUCUCACUGAAGAAGUCCUGAAUCGCCCUAAACGAUAUCCAUGCAGUCUGGAUACUAUUUCCCUGGAAUUAGGUUGCGCCAGAGACUUAGAAGAACGCUCUAUCUACUGCGACAUCUGCCGCUUUUUUUCUGGGACGGCCAAAGAGGUGAUGGAACAAGAUAAAUUAUCAUCUGAUUUAAUGUCUCACAUACGAGUUACAAGGAGUGAGUUUACAAAUGGAGGCGUCAAGAGCAGCUUCAGGGACAAGGUCUUUAUCGGGACAAUAGAGCCUACCCAUGGCCAUCGCCUGGUUUCUACUCCUAUACCCCAGCAAGCGGUCGACUGGCAGAAGGUCUCCAAGUGGGUGAGAGACUGCCACUCUGAAAAGCACACGGGUUCUUGCCAGACGAAGCCUGAUGUCUCACGAAUAAGUGGGCUUCGGGUCAUUGACACCAGAAAGAGGUGCAUUACAAUUGCCCCUGGGGCGUGUCAAUAUGCAGCUUUGAGUUAUGUGUGGGGGGCCGUGAGCAGCCUCUUGCAGGCAACGAUGGCAAACAUAGAUCACCUGUCUGAGGAAGGCUCUCUGAACAGCGAUCGUCUACCUCAAACUAUUGAUGAUGCCAUUGUUGCUUGCAGGAAAUUGGGGAUAGAUUAUCUUUGGGUUGAUUGUCUUUGCAUAUUACAGGAUGAACACCCUAACCAGAAAGCCUACUGGCUCGAUUCUAUGGGAGCAAUCUACGCAAAGUCAUUUGUAACAAUCGUUGCUCUAGCCGGAGAGAAUGCCGACCACGGCCUUCCUGGAGUAAACAAAGUCAGUCGAGUGACAUGCUGGGGCUGGACGUUUCAAGAGGCAGCACUCUCAACACGGCGGCUUUUGUUUUCCGACACCAGAGUUUUCUAUGAAUGUUGCCACACCGAGCAUGUCCAAGCUGAUUCUUAUGGUAAGAGGUAUGAUGUAAAAAUUGCAGCGAUUCCUCUAUUCUGUUACUCAAGGAUGGUAGAGGAUUUCACAAACAGGGAUCUUACCUGUGAGAGUGAUGUGCUUCGCGCAUUCGCAGGCGUUCUCCACACAAAUUGGGGACAAGAGUGUUAUUAUGGACUACCCCUGAGAAUCUUCAGAGAUGCAAUUAUCUGGACGGCAGUGAACAAAAUUCAUCCCAGAAGGCAUGCAGCACCUGGUGAUGUGUUUCCCACCUGGUCGUGGUCUUCAAUUAAAGGACCCAUCGAGAUGCGUAAGGCAACCCGGACAUCCCUAGCAAUCUGGGCAAUUCCCUCUAGGUCGAGUCAUCAACCAGAUCUCCAAUUCAUCACAUAUAGUGUAUGGAACGCAGGUAAACUCGAGGAAUCAAAGAAGCUGAAGUUCGAGAAAGAGGUUGACGAAAAGGUGAAAGUGUUAUAUUUAAAUGAAAAGGAACAAAGACUUGCUGCGAUUAUGGCCUGGAAGUGCGGAUGUUUCUCUGGAUCAUUGCCGAGUAUACUCAACACUAGAGCCACAUUGAAGAAUUAUGAACGAAUUCUUGGCAAAUGGAGAUCACAUGCACAGCUUUGUGAAGAGGCUCAUGGAAUGUUAGGGAAUAAUAUGCGUGAACAAGAUAUGAACGCGCGGUUUCCUUCAUAUAUGCGUCAAGCAUGUUCUUCCGGGUCCAUCUUGAUCUAUACGCAAUCACUGAAUCUCAACCAACUCAGACUGGGUAAGAAGAGUCAAAAGUAUUACGAGGAGGAAGUAUUCAUCAUUGAAGCUGGCGAUUUCGUGGCCGAAGUAAUCACUGGCUCACUCAACAUGGAACGAAUCAACCUUGUUCAACAAAAAGACCCCAAUUCUCAAUUUACCUUACUCGCUCUCUCUGUCACGCACAAUGAUGGUGAUAUGUCUAGUAUGUGUAUGCCUGCGAUACCACGAGGGUAUGUUUGGUGGGAUUGUUCUGCGAGACGAAAAAUGCUUGAUAAUAUUGACGGACCCUCGAGUAUUGAUGAUAUUUACCGACCCCUGAGAAUUGAAUCCAGAAAGUCUGAUAUUUCGGUAAUUGCUUUUGAGGUCCGGCCUUGA